AAUGUUCUUGUUAGUAGCUUGAGAAUAGUAUAUAUUACUAUUAUCCCAUUAAACAAGAAUUAAUCAUUCUAAGAUCCCUAUAAGUAAAGGGCAAUGCUCUCUUACAUCACACAAGAGAGUCCUUCACUGACAUAUAUGGCAGAAAGCUCAGCUCCAUCUCAACAGUCCUGUCACAAGCCGGCCGCCUCAUCAGCCCUGAAACUAUUCGGUUUCCCAUUAACUGAGCACCGUGAAAUACUAGCCAAAACUGAGAAUUGUGCUGAAAGCAGGAAAUUCGAGUGCCAUUUUUGCCGGCGAGCCUUUGCCAAUUCACAAGCGCUAGGAGGCCAUCAAAAUGCGCACAAGAGAGAGCGGCAAAGAGCCAGGCGUGUCCAAUACUAUUGUGAUCGGCGCUUGUUUACAGCUGCUCCAGUUCUGAGCACACAUGCUGUGAAAGCAUCAUCAUCUUCCAUUUCUACAGGAGGAUUUACUAGCGUCGGUGUUGCUGCUAAAUUUAGGCCACAAGCAGCUGCAAGUCAUUGUCCGUCAUCGACGACAAGGCCCCUGCUGCUUCCAUCACCUCCUUCUAAGUUAACCUCUCUAAUUUAUGUUAGGCAGCCUUUGCACGUAGGUACUGCUAUGCCAUCGUUUGUUGAAUUUCCUGGUAAAUCGUUGUCUGAUGAGGAUGUAGGGAUUGAUCUUUGUCUCAAACUAACUCCUUCCGUUUAGUCAUAUAUAGUUGAAACCAGUUAACAGUAUGCAAUUUUUUCCUUUUUUUUCUUUGAA